AUGUGGGUUCGGUUGGUGCCUCGACUGGCCUGCCUGCCAGCUGAUGCUACCGUCGGCGUGCCCGGUGCAGGUGGCGUCGCGGACCGGGUCGUACCAGGAGACAUCGCCAGACGCGGGGGGCGCUGCGUGGACGGCAGAGGCGAGCAAGCCAAAGAGAAGGGCGAGAGUGGAAGUCUUCAUUGCGAGAGUGGUCGGUACGCGAUAAAAUGGCUGCUCUCUAAAGCUCAGGAUUCUGGAGCCUUCGUUCGGUAA